CGACACGAGCUCAGUGCUUUAGAUAAUCUAAUCGAGAAUGGAACUGAUUUUCGUUCUCGCCUGUGUUACAUCAGUUGUGGCAUCCAUAUAUUAUUACCUAAAAUGCCAAUACAAUUUUUGGCAAAAACAAGGAAUACCAUAUGCGAGAGGAAUAAUUCCAGGACUCGGAAACAUGACCUAUGUUGUUCUUCUUCGUCAAAGUUUUAAUAAACUUUGUGAAAAUUACUAUAAAGAAAAUGAAAAACACAGCAUGUUUGGUUUUUAUCAGUUUAGUACGCCAACUCUUCUUGUUCGUGACCCAGAAUUAGUGAAAAGUGUUUUAUUAACGAAUUUCGCAAGCUUUCAAGAAAAUCAGAUUUCAAUAAGUUGCCCUAAAGAGGACGCUCUGUUCACCAUCAACCCAUUUUUUUCAAAAAUGGACACUUGGAAGGAAAACAGGGCACCUCUAACAAAUGCUUUCUCGAGCAAGAAAUUAAAAACAAUGCUUCCUUUAAUUGAGGAAGCAUCUUCUAGAAUGGAAAAUUACAUCAAACAAAAAAUGAGCCAUGAAAGAGAAAAAUUGGAACUAAAUUUCAAAACAUUCUUUAACUUGUAUACUGGAGAGAUUGCAGCAGCAGGAAUGGGGAUCCAGGGCCAUAAUUUUGACGACGAUAGUAUAUCUUUGAAAAGCGAGUUGACCUUUAAAACAGCUAUUGAGACUGUAUUCUCAGCACCUUUUUUCACUGGUGGAUUUUCACAAAUUAUCUUGAUGUUCAUGCCUCGUUUGGCCAAAAUUUUGAAUAUGACCUUGUUACCAAAAGAAGUGGACCUGUUUUAUCGACAAUCUGUCAAAAAUAUUCUUGCAAAUAGAAAACGCGAUAAUAGAUCCAACAACGAUUUUCUGAAAAUGAUUGUAGAUCAUCAGUUGGCGAAUGGGCUAAAAAUAAAUGAAGAAACAGCUUUAGCAUCACACAUGUUAUCAUUUUCUGUUGAAGUUUAUGAAACUUCUGCAAUUACUUUGAGUUUUUUAUGUUUUCAACUUGCAAGUCAUCCUGAAAUUCAAGAAAGAGUGAGAGAGGAAAUAAAAAGUCUGUUAGAAAAAUAUGAUGGAAAAUUAAAUUACGAAGCUUACAAGGAAAUGACAUAUUUGGAUCAAGUUUUGAAUGAAUCUAUGAGGCUUAAUCACGUUUCGGGAAUAAUGACGAAAGUUUGUACCAGAGAAAUCCAACUUGUGGGAUCAGAUGGACUUUCUUGUAAGGUGAAACCUGGACAUGUGGCAGUUAUAUCAACUUUUGGGCUUCAAAUGGAUCCGAAAUAUUGGCCAGAACCUGAGAAAUUUGAUCCGGAUCGAUUUGGUGACGAGAAAAAGGAAAAAAUACAUAAAUUCACUUUUAUUCCUUUUGGAGAAGGACCAAGAAUCUGUGUAGGAAUGAGAAUGGCGAAUAUUAUAAUUAAGAUAGCGGUAGCAACAAUUGUAAAGAAUUAUUCGUUGGAAGUUUCACCAAAAACUCCUUUGCCAUUGAAAAGGGACGAAGCAAGCUUUAUGACUGCAUAUGAGAAUGGAUUGUGGGUUUUUUUGAAACCUUUAAAACACAAAUCUUCUUAGUAUAAUAUUAUCAGUUAUUAAGGACUUUUAUUAGUUUCAGGAAAUUGACAGGAAUUUCGGUGUAUUUUUAAAGUGUUAAUUUUUAUGUUUAGUAAUUCCAUUUAUGAUUUAUCAAUCUCAAUCAUUAAUUUUUCAAAAUAUGUUGUUUUUGAAGAGAAAAAAGUUAAGCAAUGUUAUCUAAAUCUAUUAACCAGAUUUAGGAAAUUAGAUAAAUAGAAAGUAGAUAUACAAUAUUUUUGUAAACCAAUAAAAAUUCUUGUGAUGUGUCUCACA